AUGGCGGAUACGGCUGAUGUUCUGAUAAUUGGGGCUGGCCCAGCCGGCCUGACUGCGGCGCUUGCCCUGGCCCGACAGCAACAGAGUUCAAUUGUAUUUGAUGAGGGAACCUACCGAAACGAUACAGCGGAUCAUAUGCACCUCAUACCUGGAUUCGAUGGCACAAAGCCGUUGGAAUACAGGGAGGCUGCUAGGUCCAACAUCCUCUCCAACUACGACCAGAUCAAUGCCCUCCAGACGAGGAUUUCCGACGCGAAGAAAGACGACUCGAGUGGCAUCUUCACACUCACCGAUGUGGCAGGGAAGACUUGGCAUGGCCGAAAGCUAAUAUUAGCAAACGGUGUAGAGGAUAUUUUCCCGCCGAUAGAAGGGUAUGCAGAAUGCUGGGGAAAGGCUAUCUUCCACUGCCUCUUCUGCAAGGGCUAUGAACAACGAGACUGCUCCUCCGCCGGAGUUCUCGCGAUAGGAGGACUGUCUAAGGCUCCGAUGGCGCUCCACGUGGCUCGUCAAGUAACUACACUCAGUAAAACCGUCAAUAUCUAUACCAAUGGCUCCGAGGACCUCGCCAAGGAUAUAGCUGCCGGAUUCGGCACAGUGGCACCUAUGAAGGUCGAUACGAGGAAGAUCCAGCGGAUGACCUUGCAGGCUGACGGGGCCAGAAUACACCUUCAAUUCGAAGAUGGUAGCAGUUCACUAGCUGGGAUGGGAGCCUCGCAGCAAAUUGUUGCCGAGAACUUGGGACAAACGUCACUAUUUGGCUAG